GUGGGCGGAGACACAAACCCUAUAGGUUUCAUCAUACCGCGCCAAAUAAUCCGUGAAGAUUUUGUGUCUAAUUUCGAAAUGGAAUACUAACACGAAAGUUAACAAUUAAUUUGUGAACUUAAAUUAUAGCAUUUCCAUAUAAUCAUAUUAUUUAAGAAUAGAGUGUUAUAAAUCGCAGAUGUCCUGAAAUGUGUUCACAUGGCCAUGGGAAACCCGAUGUUGAAAUAUUUGUGGUGACGUAGAUGGACGAUUGGCUGUAAUAAGUAAAUAAUUAAACCACGCUCGAGUAUUUUCGUAGAAAUGAGUCAGGUGGACAAUCUGAUCCCUGACCACAUCAAAUCUUCACUGAGUGAAGCUGAGGUGGAUAGUGAUGGCGAGAUUAACAUGGACAGGGUACCAUUUGCAAAGAACACCAUCAGAAUGGAUCUUAAACAAAUAGAUAAAAGUUUGAAAGCAAUGAGUGCUCAGCAAAACAAAGAAAAUAAAAGGAAUAUGAUGGAGUCAGAUGAAAAUCAAAAUCGGACAUGUACACCAGUGAAUGAAACAGAACAUCCUGGACAACCAUUGACACCAACGGCAAAUUUGAAGGUUUUAUUUAAUGCAAUGAGUCCUGAGCUCAGGAACAGAGACGAGCAAAAAGCCCAAUAUUCUGAUGAAGAUAAUAAUGUGUCGCUAAGUCAAGACUAUGAGUUUGAAACCAUAAUUGAAGUACCUAUUACAGCGGAAGCUGAGAAUAAGUUUGGUCCUUCAAGAAAAGAAAAAUCUCUUGGAUUGCUAUGUCAAAGGUUUUUAACCAUGUAUCCGGAAUAUCCAGAGAAAGGAGAGAAAAUUGAGAUUUGCCUCGAUGAAGUUGCCUCUGAACUUCAGGUGGAGAGACGAAGGAUCUAUGACAUUGUCAAUGUUUUGGAGAGUGUAGAGAUUGUGAGCAGAGUGGCCAAGAACCGAUAUGCCUGGCAUGGCAAGAGGAACCUUGGAACCACUCUCGCAAAAUUGAAGGCAUUAGGUGACAGUGAAAGGUUUGGUGAGCAGAUUCAGAAACUAAAAGAUUUUGAGUUCAACCGUGAGUUAGAGGAACAGUUCGGGCGAUCUGAUCCGAGAUUGAAGGCAAAUGGAGUGGAUGCUGACUUCUCAAUAUUUGGAGAAAGUUCCUUGUUUAAUCAGGCAGCUUUGCGUAAAGACAAGUCUCUUGGAAUCAUGAGUCAGAAGUUCCUGAUGCUGUUCUUAGUUUCUAAGCCAAAGACUGUAAACCUGGAUUUAUCAGCCAAGCUUUUGAUUGGUGAUGCAAAUAUUGACAGAACAGAAAAUGCAAAAUUUAAAACAAAGAUCCGUAGGCUAUACGACAUAGCAAACAUCCUGACGAGCCUCAACCUGAUCAAGAAGGUGCAUGUGACGGAGAUAAGGGGGCGGAAGCCAGCAUUCAAAUACAUAGGACCUGACAUCGAUGUACCUGGAACGGAUGUGCAAUUAACGUGUUGCAGUGAUGGGUGCCACAGACCAAGUACAAGGCAUUCAAUACUCGACUGCAUACAGAAUAACAGAGUUGCCAAAAUAAUUGACGCGUACAAAGAAUCAACACCAAGGAGCUCUUCCUCAUCCGAAGGUGAGGGAGACGACAAGGUGAGGUUCAGUCGUCAUUCUUCCUUUGAGACCCUCUGUGCUGUAGCCUCUGUAGAAACCAACAAGCUCAACUCUUCAGCGCCAAACAGCCCUGUUAAAGGAGACAAGGCUUCAGACAACAAAGGAGCAUUGAGUGAUAGUGAAGCUAAGCUUCCCACUCGUGGUUUCGUACGAAGACGUCCGGGACUCAAAGUGGAUGAUCUCUCGAGCGUCGAGAAGACCGCCGACGCCAUCAUCAUCAAGACCCGACCCCAGCCUGUGAAGCCGGCCAUGAAGCAGCCCACGAUCAUCCCCCUCACCAAGGAGCAGAUCGACGCUGUACUGAGAUCCCUCAAGGUCCCUGUGCCUGUUAAGAAGAACCAACUGACGGACGCCACAACGCAGUCCUCCCCGCCAGUGGAUGAUCAGAUGGUCAUGAACGAGGGGUAUGAAGGGGUUACUGAGGUUAAAGAGGAGCAGCAGGUAGAGAUGAAAGAACUUAACGAGAAAACGCCAGUUGUUAUGAGUAAUACUCCUGAGCGGAUUGGGCCAAAGAGACCUGCACCUACGGGGGAUUCUAUACCAUUAGAGAAACGGGUGAAACUUACCUUUGCUUCUCCAAGUUCGUUAGGGGACGAUAAGUCUCCAGUUCCCAUGAAUCCUGAAGCUGUUUUGCGAUGCAAGAAGACUGCAGAUGUAGUGAAACCUUCUCCCCAGAGGGCUUUGCAUCUCACCCCUGAGUUUUCCAAUCCCAAGGUUAGCCUUGUGCCGGGUGGAGAUGCAAGCAAUAUGGAAACAGAGGAGCGUAGUCAGGGCAAAAAGAUAGAGAUUGUUAUAAGUGAAUCAGGUAGCAAGCUUGUUAGUCCCGUCCGACGCUCUGUUCAGGAAGUGGUUCAACUUUCUAACGCCCAGACAAUAUUGAUUCAAAGCCCAAUAUCCACCUCUGCGACCAAAUCGCCGACGGUUGUUCAUCUGGGCAGUCAGCCAACCACAAUCCUACAGCUGCCCGUACAGCAGGGUCAGCAACAGAGGCUGGGGCAGAUGGCCACGACCACCAUCACGUUACCUCAGGGAAUGCAGCUUCUACAGAAUGGGCAACAUCUGAUGCAGCUUCCUAUCAGCCUGAAUUCAUCAGUGCCCAACAGUCCUAGGGUGAUCACAUACACAUUUUCCAGUCCCCAGUCGUCUCACCCAACUUCUUUCACAAAUGCUCAACUGUUGUCUAACCAGAACUCCAAUAAGGGAGUUGGAAACCUUUCCACACUCAUUCGCCCUGUGGCUUCUAAAGCUACGGCUUCACCGCAGGCCGGUUCAUAUAAUGCUGCCCCUAGUCUUGGGAAUCAGUCACCGAUCUAUCUCCGAAAUAGCAGUGGAGGUUUUGUCCCCAUUAGCAGUGUUGCAGUGAAUGUUCCCAAAGUAAUUGUUGCUUCGUCCAAUCAUUCGCAUGGCGACCUUUCAAGCAGUGUUUUAAUUACUGGCGAUACUUCAUAACAAAGAAAGUGAGGUCAACAUUGUCUGCUGUUGCAUGAGAAAUUUGGACUACUACUUAUUGUUAAACCUUUUCAACAUAGUUUGAGAUUCAGUAGUAUAUUCUACUUGGUUGAUUUCACUUCAAAAAUUGAAAUUAAUUUUACAAGAAAGGAUCACUCUACAUGUUUGUUUUUAACCAGGUUUUCCGAAGGAAAAAACUGGUUAUUAGAUUGGCGAAUGCGGGCUGGCAGGCGGGCGGAACAAGCUUGUCCGGGCCAUAACUAUGUCGUUCAUUGUCAGAUUUUAAAAAUCAUUUGGUACAUUUGUUCACCAUCAUUGGACGGUGUGUCGCGCGAAAUAAUUACGUCGAUAUCUCCAAGGUCAAGGUUUGAGUUCAAAGGUCAAAAAUGGCCAUAAAUGAGCUUGUCCUGGCCAUAACUAUGUCAUUCAUUGUGAGAUUUUAAAAUCAUUUGGCACAUUUGUUCACCAUCAUGGAACGGUGUGUCGCAUGAAAGAAUCACGUCAAUAUCUCCAAUGUCAAGGUCGCCACGACUAAAAAUAGAUUUUUUUAAAAAACAAACUUACAAAGGGGGUUAAUUUUGUUUGUUCAUUUCAAAAGUUCAGUUUGAGUUUUCUCCCUUUAUCAGAUUUUUUUUCACAAUGAAAACCUGGUUUUGUGACAAUUUUGUCCCUUGUUAAUGUAUUGAUUCCAAAAUUUGUAUAGAAAAUAUGUUACAAACAUCUUAAAUUUAUUGGAUUAGCUAAGCUAGUAGAGUUCUUUUACUCAGUAAUAUAAUAUAUACAAACAUAGUGAGCCAGAGGGUUGUGGCAGUACACAAAAUAAAAUGAAUAAUGAUUAGAAUUUAAACUAAUUUGUGAGUAAAUGUAAAUGUUUCAAACAUACAUCUUAUAAAUAACUAUAAUUCAUACUUGACAUAGGAUCAGCGGUGUGAUUUUUCCUCCUUUCAGCUGAUUUCCUGCCUUUCAAUGUCAAACAAAUAGUUUAUAACUUAGCUGGAUCUGAAUAAAAAUGAAGAGUUUAACUAAGUCCUGUAAGGGGGGUAGGGCAUUCUCCUUCCCUUAUGUGGUUCUUAAAUCACACCCCUGAGGAUGUACCAUACAUAAAUAGUGGAUUGGUUCCACCAUUAGAACUUUAUAAACAUACUGACAGUAUGUCCAAAAUAUUUGUAAUGUUUUAAUAUUUUAAUCAGGACAUAAAAUAUUAAUCGGACCAUAAAAUAUCUUGUGCAAGCAGCAGCAUGAAGUUAGGAAAACUUCGUUUUGUGCUUUCAUUGUUAAGUAUUUCAUUAGAGAGUAUUUUAUUUCUGUUUUAAGUGCUUUUAAAUGUUGAAAUAUAGUUAUGUGUCUAGUCUUUACAAUGAUAUACAAGUCUGAAAUGGUAUAUAAAUAUAAUAACUCGAUUGUUGUCAGUUGAUCACUUACUCUAAUGCAUAUUUGUAUGUUCUCAGAACAGGUGCUGUAUAAUACUUGACAAUUUGUUUUCUCUGUGUAUAUGAAUCAAAGAUCUUGUAAAAUACUACACACAAGUUUUUUAAUGAAGUUUAAAAUCCUGGUUAUUAGAUUGAGGUAUGGCGAUGGCAUCAGACAGGUGGAGGUAUUGCACUGAGUGUUGUGAUUAGGUAACUAACAUGCACACCUAGCUUAGGAGUUCACAAUUAUUUUGAUUGAAUUAAUAUCUUUAACAUUGAAAACCUGGUUUUGUUUCAAUGGCAUGUCACUGGUUUAAGUUUUCUUUUCAUUAACCCUCACCACAUAGAUACGUAUUUUGAUAUUUUACAUCCCAGAAAUUUAAAUUUAAUUUAAAACCUUUCUAACAAGAUUCAAGUUCAAAAGGCUUCAUUUCCGACCCAAAGAUACUGGUGAGUAGCAAACCGCAUUAAACCUGAACAGACUGCAAAAUACUUUGGCUGUUCUGGUUUAAUGCUGUUCGCAUAUAGCCAUUUUCACUUUGCUUCUGAGUGGGAAAGGGUUAAUAUAAAACAGUUUACUAUAGUGGGUUCUCAUUUUGUUUGUUUGGAACAUGGAUGAUUUCUAGUAAUAAUGUUAAAUCAUAAUGUAAAUAUUAAUAUUGACAUGUAUAUUCAUGUAUACUUGUAUGCUUUCUGAAGGUCUUGUGUUUUGUUACUUUCUGCCAUCUGUUUGAAUACAAUAAUGUCGACAGUUUUUUUGUAUCGAAUGUUAUUAAACUGUCGAUUUAAUUAGGUGUAAAAUGGUCAGAACUUGAGGUUUAAAUACAGUUGUUAGGAUAAGUCGUAUCAUAGGGAAGGAUUUUGAAUGGAUUUCUUUCUGUAAUGCUCUGAAGUUCAAUUGUUUGAAAAUACCCAUUUGUCAGAUUACAUUGUUACAUUGGAUUGAGUAUUUUAUUUAAAGUGGUAAUAUUUUCACUUUUCAUUAUAACUGAAGUUCGAUUUUAUUAUCUCCUUAAAUUCCUGAAAUACUUUUUAACUAUAUAAUUCUGUACACUAGCACAUUACCAAUAUGUUGAUCAUCUAGAGAAAAUUGUAAACAAAAAGUUUAUGUAAAAUUGUUGAAGAAAUCAGUUUUAGAUUGUGAAAACAAUCCCCAGCAUUAAGAUUGAACACUGGAACCAGUUGUUAAUAAUAUUCUUGAAAGAAUGUCAAGAAAUCUUGGUGAGAUAUCAUAUGGUAGUGAACCUUAAGAAAGCUUGUAAUGGGAGUAGUUAUUGAAGACGUUCAUAGAAUUGUUAAAUAUAUUUUAAAGAAGUAUGAAUUUUGUUUGUAUAUAAUGUCUACUGUUAUUUAUAUAAACACAAAAGGCAGCAUAUUCGUUAGUAUUAAUUUACAUAGGAUAGAUAGGUGGUUAAAUUAACAAUAUAAGGUAAUGAAUGGGAUCUUGAUAGUUUUGCUGCAUGGCUGUUUAUUUGUGUAUGCAUGUUAUCUUGAAAAACAAAAAAAUGUCAAUAUUAUUUUCUGUAUAUUAGGGUUAUUUUCAAAUGAAGCUGGCAAUGUCAGUGUAUUGUGUAUAUUUGUAACUUGCUAUAUUUUCAUUCUAUAGUGUCAUGUCAGGACAGAUGUGUUUAGGAUGUGCCUCAUGUACAUUAAUGCAAAUAAUCGUAGGAAAGUGUACAUUAUCUGUUCCAACUGGUGAGACACUUAACAUUUAUUGGAUUUCACAUCUACAGUAUGGAUUGUUUGAACCUUGUAUUAUUUAAAUCCUAACUAUUUAUUUCAAUAGUCAAAUAUUGGUCAUCAAAGUAAACAAAUAUAAUGGUUUAAUUGUUAAAUAAGCGCAUUUGUUAUUUAUUUUAGAUAUGUAAGUUGCAAAUGUAGGUUGAUAAUUGUUAUUUGUACAGACAAAACAUAUGUUUGAAUCAUUUUUAAUUGAUUCAUGCAUAACAUUUUUACUUUGUAAUAAAAUGUUAUUUGAUUUGUUCACUAGGCAUGUUUAUUGUGUUAGUUACAAUAUAGUAAAUGAAAAUGUGGUUUUAUCACAUGCUUGUGUAUGGAACUCUCCUCUUUGUAAUAACAGCAGGUACCUGGUCUGUCACAAGAAUUGUUAUGCCCCCACAGAAUGGGAGGCAUUAAGCUUUGUGCUUGUCUGUUCAUAAGUUUGCCAGAUUUCAGUCAAACUAUUACUGCCUCAAGACCUUAAUGUGGAGAUUAUCUGUAAAAAGAGGAAUUAUUGUGAGGCCAGUUUUGGCUGAAUUGUGGCCCUUUGUGUUUCCAAAAUGGAAUAUUUAGUACCAAAUCAUUUCUGUACUGAAACUGCUUUGUUUAUUUCAAUCAAACUUUAAAUGUAAAAAUACUUAAAUGUAUAGAAGAUGGUAUCAAAAGGAAUUCAGGCUACAACCAGUUUGGGAGAAUUAUGGCUUUGUCCAAACAUGCACUGUUAGGGCAUUAGUGACACACUUUUACUGUUUUAGGAAUGUUUAAAAUAGUGCACCAGGUUUCACCAGUAGAUUUUCAUUUUGGAAACAUGGGCAUCAGCUGGUUACAUGUUGUAGAACUACCCACUAUGCACGCAGUGGUAAGAAUGUGAUGUGGUUGUAUCUGAUUUGUCUCAACCAGUCUUCUGUUUGCUCAAUGCCGGUGUGAGAACAUGUGUCUGUAACAUCCAAGAAUGUAUGGGAUAUAUUAGUUGUUUGUGUGUGAACUAAUUAUCAGUCUUUCACUGCUUUGUCAGAUUAGCACAUUUUAUAUCAGUAAAAAGAAAUUUUGUAAAGCAUGCAUGAUGCCUCUUCAUUGCUCACUUGCUAAAUUUUAUGUUUACUUUUGAAGUUUUGUUUAUCGUAAGAUUUUAUUAGGGCAUUUUAUAAUUUUAGUAUGUUUUAUGAUUGACGUGUCUUAUUGUUUUAUCUAGCUGCAUGAACGGUGGAAAUAUAUUUCAAUACUGAAACACAAAAUUUGUCAGCAUGAAACAUUCCAAUACUUGACUUGAUACACUGGAUGUAUCUUUCUGCUCAGACUAUAUAACAUUUCUUUUCUUUGAUGACUUUUUAAGUUGCUUUAAGUUACACAAAUUAGCUAGUGCUUAAUUGUAUUUUAUUUUGGGAUCUCUUCACUCUAUUUUUCUGUAUAUAAUGGCGAUUUAUUUAAUCAAUUGUAUAUAAUAAGUGAAAAUGGGUGGUUAAUGUGUGAAGUUUGAAAGUCUGUUAUGUGUAAUUUAAAUGUUAACUUUCUUCUUUCAUUUUUAACUGACUAAUAUUAUUAUUAAAAAGUACUUAUUAAUGUAUUACUGCUGAUCAAAUUAGAUAAUUUGUUGCUGUUAUUCAAGAUGCAUUUGGGUCCAAUACUAACGGCAUCUGUCAACAUAAGAAUAUACACAAUGUCAUAUUUAACGACUUUUUAGCUUAGCUGUUUUCUAGCAUGCUUCUGUUAUAUUUAUGGUUAAUGCAUGUAAUUUUCUGCUAAACAUGUCAUGUUUAUACGUAUCUGUGUAAAGUUUGUAAACAUUUUGCGGUAUGUAAAUGAAUAUCAAUUUAACAUACCGUUUGAAGGAUGUUAAAGUAUUCUAUUGUGUGUGAAUGAGCGUGGUUCUAGUAUGUAGACGGGAAUAACUAACAUGCCUUAGAAAUAUGAUUUAUAAUUUAUUGA